UCACAAUUUGCUGUGGGAAGCAAGGCGCAUUCAACAUCUAACUCAAAUAAACACGCUUGACACUUGUAAGCCAAGUCUGGGCAUCAUCGGAAAGGGCUUUCUGCGACGAAGAAAAACAAAUGAGCUCCGGUACAAGAUUCGGAGUUUACGGAGCUCGAAAAGCUUUAUGAGUCUAGAACCCAACAUAAUCCGAGAAAAACCCAGAUCUAGAACAUAAUCCGAGAAAAACUCAGAUAUAGAAAAACCCAGAUCUGGGUUUUGAGAGAGGAAGAAGAAGGGAGAAGAGAGAGAGAAAGAAAAAAGAAUGAUGAGCAGGGAAAGGAAAAAGAUGAAGUUGGAGAAAGAAAACCCAGAUCAAAGAUUGUUUUUUGGGGGAAUCCAUGGAUGAGGUGAGGAGGAAAAAGAACCACACCGCACACAACCAGUCAUACAAGGCGCACAAGAACGGCAUCAAGAAGCCCAAGAGGCAUCGCCACACUUCCACCAAAGGGAUGGAUCCCAAGUUUCUGAGGAACCAGAGGUAUGCAAGGAAGCACAACCAGAAGAGUGGUGAGAAUGCCUCCGAGGAAGAGUAAAUUCUCACUGAAUGGGGCUGAUUGGGGUUGGUUCUGUUUAGUCCUUUUAUGGGACGUAGGCUUAUUUACUUUCAAAUUAUGGUAUUAGCUUGACUGUACUGUCUGAAUCGUUUUUAUUCUCAUGGAUUGUUUUUGUUAUCUUUGUUGGAAAAGAUUUAAGCUAUAAGCUAUUCAUAGUGAUAUCAACUAUCAAGCGGAUGUUUUUGAGUU